UGCUAGCUUGAUACGGCUAGUGGGUGUUGACAAUGUCAGCUGAUUGCGGGUCGUAAAGCCUCUUGGUUAGCUAGCUUAGCUUAGUUGGAUGUUUGUUUUUGUCAUGACAUAGGUGGCCAUUACCCUAACGUCAAUCUUCAACACGUAUCUAAUAAUUUGCAAUACUCCGUCGCUCCUUUGGUUGCCGGCUGGUUGUUUCGCUGGGCGAGGCUGCCGUUAGCUUAGCAGCAAUUUUCAUUUCCGGAAGGGAAGGAGUGAAGUUGCUCUCCGAGUCUCUGCAUUGCAGCCCAGGGCGCUGCUGAUGGAAUUCAAGCACACAGCGAUGGCGACUCCCAGUUCUAACAACUCAUCAGCCCCCAGUAACGCAGGCUCCGCCACACACCAGUACCAGCAGCAGCAGACCCAGCACAUUACAACAAUGAGCAGCAUGGAGUCCAACACCUGCUGGAGGUGUCAGAGUGAAACAGGGUUUCAGAUAAACCUGUCUGGAGCUCCCCCAAGCAAACGUAAAGCCCUUAAGCUGAACUUGUCCAACCCUUCCAUCAAACCAUCGACCAGAUUCUCGCUAAACACGGCCGGGCCUCCGUUUCAGAACCCGCAUAUCGAGAGACUGAGGACUCACAGCAUCGAGUCGUCAGGAAAGCUGAAGAUCUCCCCGGAGCAGCACUGGGACUUUACAGCCGAAGAUCUCAAAGAUCUGGGUGAGAUCGGCCGCGGGGCUUACGGCUCCGUCAACAAGAUGGUGCACAAGCCAAGCAACACCAUCAUGGCAGUCAAGAGGAUUCGAUCAACGGUGGAUGAAAAGGAGCAGAAGCAGCUGCUGAUGGACCUGGACGUGGUCAUGAGAAGCAGCGAUUGUCCCUACAUCGUCCAGUUUUAUGGCGCUCUGUUCAGAGAGGGGGACUGUUGGAUCUGCAUGGAGCUCAUGGCUACCUCCUUAGACAAGUUUUACAAGUUUGUAUAUUGCACAUUAGACGACGUGAUUCCAGAAGAGAUAUUAGGAAAAAUAACUUUAGCUACUGUGAAGGCUCUUAACCACUUAAAGGAAAACCUGAAGAUAAUCCACCGAGACAUUAAGCCUUCUAACAUCCUCCUGGACCGGAACAGCAACAUAAAGCUGUGUGACUUUGGUAUCAGCGGCCAGCUGGUGGACUCCAUCGCCAAAACCAGAGACGCAGGCUGCAGGCCGUACAUGGCGCCGGAGAGAAUAGACCCCAGUGCUUCCAGGCAGGGAUACGAUGUCCGAUCAGACGUUUGGAGUUUGGGAAUCACACUGUAUGAACUGGCUACGGGGCGGUUCCCCUACCCCAGGUGGAACAGUGUGUUUGACCAGUUGACCCAAGUGGUCCGAGGUGACCCACCACAGCUCAGCAACUCCGAGGAGAGGCGCUUCUCCCCAAAAUUCAUCUCCUUUGUCAACGUGUGCCUUACAAAGGAUGAAUCGAAGAGGCCAAAGUACAAAGAGCUACUGAGAGAUCCGUUCAUCCAGAUGUACGAGGAGCGCUCCGUUGACGUAGCCGGUUAUGUCUGCAGGAUCUUGGAUCAGAUGCCAGCUUCUCCCAGCUCCCCCACUUACAUGGACUGAUGGCAGGACAAAACCAAAACAUAAUCUCCACAAAUCUGCAAAAAGAAGAAAAAAAAGACAAGUUCUUGUGUACAUUUGCUUGGUCCCCUUAUCGCAGUGUUUAAAGACAGUUGUAAAGUCUGAAAGGAAAGCACCACUUGUGUCAGAGUGGUUUAAUUUCAGUCUGUAAAUAAUAACACGUUUCAGUUUUUCUCGUUCCCAAACGCACAGACACUUCAGCAUAAUAGAACCUCAAUCAUUCAGUCGUGAUUCAUCGUGAUCAGGAUGCAUCUGUGUUUUAGUGACAGAAACCUAAAGAAAAUAACCUGGAUCUUCUAUUUAUAGAACCAAAACCAUGUUGCGUGUGUGGUUUGGAGACUUCUGCAUACUGGAAUCAUCCUGUUUGUGAAUUGUUCCACUUCUUACAUGUACGUGAAUGAAAGCAUCGUGGUAUUUUAAUCGAGCUGUGCUUCUCUUAGUGUAAGCAGGUCUAAAGUGUUGGUGGUCAUACCAGUCACUUCUGCAGUGGACUUCCUGCUGAUGGAUGAAUAAAGAGAGAGAAAGAGAAGGA